UUUUCUCUCUCUUUCAGGACAGUUAUUCUGAGCGAAGGACCCUGCAAGGCCUACUAAGUGGUUAUCAUGGGCUUAAUUGCAUUUUUGAAGACCCAGUUUAUAGUUCAUCUCCUCAUUGGGUUUGUCUUCGUUGUGAGUGGGUUGAUCAUUAACUUCGUCCAACUAUGCACACUAAUCCUCUGGCCUAUAAACAAGCAGUUUUAUCGCCGAGUAAACUGUCGCCUUGCCUAUUCGCUCUGGAGCCCCCUAGUAAAUCCUGAAACAUGUUGGAAAAGAGCAUCAAGUCAGAUGACCAACACACCUAUGUGUGACUUCAUUGACACUCCUAAAAGGACUGAGUUAGUAAUGUUGCUGGAAUGGUGGUCAGGCACAGAAUGCACUUUAUUCUCAGACCAGGCCACAGUGGAUACAUUUGGAAAAGAACAUGUGAUCAUCAUCUUGAAUCACAACUUUGAAAUUGACUUCUUGUGUGGUUGGACUAUGACUGAACGCUUUGGAGUGUUGGGGAGUUCCAAAGUUCUUGCUAAGAAAGAACUGUUGUAUGUGCCCUUGAUUGGUUGGACGUGGUACUUCCUUGAGAUCGUUUUCUGCAAAAGGAAAUGGGAAGAAGACAGAGAUACAGUUAUUGAGGGAUUAAAACGUUUGUCUGAUUAUCCUGAAUAUAUGUGGUUUCUCCUGUAUUGCGAAGGAACUCGUUUUACAGAAACCAAGCAUCGUAUCAGCAUGGAGGUGGCUGAAUCCAAAGGGUUGCCUAAAUUGAAAUAUCAUCUGUUGCCCAGAACCAAAGGUUUCACCACUGCUGUCCAGUGUCUCAGGGGAACAGUUUCAGCAGUGUACGAUGUAACGCUAAACUUCAGAGGAAACAAGAACCCAUCUUUAUUAGGAAUCCUUUAUGGAAAGAAAUAUGAAGCAGAUAUGUGUGUAAGGAGAUUUCCUCUUGAAGAUAUCCCUGUAGAUGAAAAGGAAGCUGCAAACUGGCUUCAUAAACUGUACCAGGAGAAGGAUGCUUUACAAGAGAUGUAUAAUAAGGAAGGCAUAUUUCCCGGCCAUCAGUUUAAACCUCCUAGAAGACCAUGGACUCUGCUAAACUUCCUCUUCUGGGCUACUGUUCUGCUCUCUCCUCUCUUCACAUUUGGUUUUGGAAUUUUUGCAAGUGGAUCACCGCUUCUUAUCCUUGCAUUCCUGGGGUUUGUUGGAGCAGCUUCCUUUGGAGUUCGUAGACUGAUAGGAGUGACCGAAAUAGAAAAAGGCUCCAGCUAUGGCAACCAAGAAUUCAAGAAAAAGGAGUAACUCACAGCUGCAGCACAGCACAUAUAACCAGACUAUGGUAUCAAAUUAACUUCAUUAAAAAACACUUAGAAACUAUCUUUUUCUUAUUAACUGAUGACUAAUAUUAAUGAAUAAUACUUGAGCCAAGAAUGAAGAAAUUGGAAGAAUCAAGAGAAGAGAAAACAUCAGCUUUCUGUCUGUUUAAGGACCAUUUUAUUCAAACUUGGGGUGAAAAUCUGGGCUAAAAAUGGUAACUUUUUGCUUUGUUUGCGGAGUGGCCGAGAAAUAUUGGACACAGCUACCUACUUCUUCAGAUGACCAGUCACACUGGUUUACCCUUCAAGAAUCUGAAACUCACUUUACAGUAGGAGCCAUUGAAUGUUUCCUCUUGCUAAAGCCAAUUUAAUAUUUGUUUUUCCCAGCCUCAGUGCUGAGUGUGCACCAGGAAACACAACCCAUUUUAAAUUCACUGACAGCAGUUCCUUGGGUGAAAGCCAUUUGGAAAGGCCAUUUUAUCAUGACUACAGACAAAAUCCCAUUUGUAUACAUUUUAUUGAAGGCACUUUUUAUUUUCAGGCAACAUCAUAUAACUUCUGUACCACAAGAAAAUGGAUAAUAGAAUUUUGAUGGAAAUGGUACCUUAUCGAUAAGCACAUACUGUACAUCAGAUUCACUAGUAUUAAUAAAGUUUAAAGGCUUUCCCCCC